AUGAACAACGAAGAUUACGGAUACGACUAUGAUUACCUAUUCAAAAUUGUUCUGAUCGGUGAUUCUGGAGUUGGAAAAUCCAACUUGCUGUCGCGUUUCACUACGAACGAAUUCAACAUGGAGUCCAAGUCGACGAUUGGCGUCGAGUUUGCCACAAGAACUAUCGAGGUCGAGGGCCGGAAAAUCAAAGCACAAAUUUGGGAUACUGCGGGCCAAGAACGGUACAGAGCCAUCACAUCUGCGUACUACAGGGGCGCCGUGGGUGCUUUGAUUGUAUACGAUAUCAGCAAGUCUGGUAGCUAUGAAAACUGCAACCAUUGGCUAACAGAACUGCGUGAAAAUGCCGACGAGAACGUAGCUGUAGGGUUGAUAGGAAACAAAUCGGAUCUAGCGCAUUUGCGUGCUGUACCCACAGACGAGGCCAAAAACUUUGCGCAAGAAAACCAGCUCCUUUUCACGGAAACAAGUGCCCUCAAUAGCGAAAACGUCGACCAAGCGUUCCGGGAGCUUAUCACAGCCAUAUAUCAGAUGGUUAGCAAACACCAGGUCGAUUUGAACGAGUAUGGCACAAACGCGGGGAACGCACCUAAGGGUCCCACCAUCAGUUUGACACCGGCACCAGCCAAGAAGGGCAAAAGCUCCAACAAUUGCUGCUAG